UGCGGAGGAUAUUCGGAUAGAGAUGGGCAUCGCUCUAUUCAUCCAAGCAUGACUUCUUCGCCAAUGUAUGCCGGACCCCUUGUCGCACUAUGCCGGUGCCACCAUCGAGAGAUACAAUUCGAGCUUCAAAGCUCGCUCCCUCCUAGGCUACCUGUGCCUUUUCUUCGCGCCAUCGGGAUCGCAUGCGAAUCGCUCAUGACGUGGCUACACUAUCGUUAACGCAGCUCGACUCAACAGCCCAGGACUCCUCCCAAGCGCUGACUCUGAUGCCCCAAGAUGUGAAGAUCGGCAUUAUUGGAGGCGGAUGGGAGGGCUGUAUGCUGCGACGAUGCUCGAGUCUCUCGGCUUCAAUUAUGAAGUGCUUCAGGCUUCAGACCGACUAGGAGGCAGACAGGUUCUCAAACGCCGCAUAAGAUUAUUUCGCCAAUUUCCCCCAGUUUACGAGAACUUGACACGUCCCGCUGCUAAUGGCGGAUUUCGUUUUGCCGGUGAAGCCGUCAACGCUCGUCAUGGGUGGGUGGAAGGAGCGCUUGAUGCAUCCUGGCGUACUGUAGAGGAAAUUAUAAGAUUUAGUUUCACCGGCGACGACAGGUUCAGGCUGCUCAACAAGUUUCAUGGGCUGUGGGGCAGAAACCCAGAUUGGCUUUACGGCGAGACGGAAGUACAAAUUGUGGCAUCAUGUGUCCUGCAGGAAUGGGCUGCAGCCUAUUAGUGAGUUCGUGGUUCAUUUGAUACAUCACUUUCUCCUCA